UGCCUCACAGAGCACUGUGUCCUAGCUCUGGGCAUCAAAAUCCUGGCGAGGGGAACUGAGGGUUCCGAGUUGGUUCCAACCCUGGACACCGAGGCCCCCGUGCGAGAGAGUGGAACCCUGGGGUCGUCUGAAGCGUGGGGCCAAGAGCCCCCUGAGCCUCCUGUAGAGAAGCUUGAAGUCCCCUGGCAGAGCUGCGAGGUCCUUGUGCCCUCCACAGGGCAGGGCGUUGAGACCCCUGAGCAAGAGAGCGAAGUCCUCCAGCCAUCAGCCCCGCCUGCCGCGGCUGCAGGCUUUGUGCGUCCUAAGCCAGGCAGUGACGAUCCUGGGCCGUCCGAAGCGAGAAGCGCAGAGGUCCAGGGGCAGUUUCCCCCUCCGGGCCCUAAGAUCUCCUCUGGGUCAAGCCUGGAAACCCCGCAGCUGAGUUUUCUUCUGUGUCCCGAAGAUCUCCAACCAGACCCAGAGGAGCUGCCCAUGGAGACGCCCAUCGAGCGCGAAAUCCGCCGCAGCUGCGAACGUGAAGAAAGCCUGCGGCGGAGCCGGGGCCUGAGCCCGGGCCGCGCGGGCCGCGAAUUCGUGGAGUUGCGUGUGCGGCCAGUGCUCAGUCUGCCCGGCCCUGGCCCCGCGCCCACGCGCGCCUUGGAGCGCGCGCGCGCGGGUGCGCAGAUGCAGCGAGACAUCGAGCGGGAGGCCCACCGGCAGGCGGCGCUAAUGCGCCCCGCGACCCCAGUCCCGCGCUCCGGGUCCCCGCCGCCGCUGGGUGAACUCAAGCGCUUCUUCGAGGCCGCGGCGGAGAGCGGUUCCUCCUCGGUGGCGGCGGAAGGCGGCGUGAGCCCGCAGUGGCGGCCAGAACCCGGAGGCCGUCCGCGCUCGGUAGUGCUGGCUCGCGCCCCGGCACCUAUCGCUCCGUCGCUGCUAGAGCAGGAGGUGCGCGAGGUGCGCGAGCGCGAGCGGGAGCUGCAGCGCCAGCGGCGCAGCGUCUACGGUACCGUAGACUUCAAGGACCCGGCGCCGAGCCUCACCGCGAGCAGGGGCGAUGGAAAGUUGGCGGUGAUCUGGCCCCCCCGCAGAAAGGCUUCGGAGAACGGCCUGGAGCAGGAAGAGCACAAACCUUGAGGUUUGAAUAGCUUGGGUACCAUGGCCGGAUGCAACACACCCGUCGGAGGACCAGGUUGGAGGCGGGGCGCCCAGCAGUGUUCUCUGCUUAGGCAGAAGGCCCUCUGUGCUGGAGAAGAUGAAAUCGACCCGCCCAUCCUUGUUCUUGACUUUAUGAAAUUGACCAGUCCUCUCUUUAAAACUGUUUAGUCUGCACUGGGAAAGUGACCACAUCCACAGCUGUGCCAGUGAAACUGUCUAGCCCUUCUCCCAAUUGCAAACUGAACUAUCCUCCCUUGGCGUCAGAGGGCUGGGGUCACCACCUCAGCUGCCCCCUCCCCC